AUGGGGGUAUCUCUAACCUUCGCUUCUUCUCAGCCUCUUGUAUUAUCCGAGAGGAGCUUACAGUUGCAAAAAAAUGGCGGACUCAUGGUACUCCGGGGCACGAUGAGGGCCCACAUCGAUUGGGUCACCACAAUCGACAACUCCGACAUGGUCGUCACCUCUUCUCGUGACAAAUCAAUCAUCAUUUGGCGCCUCACCAAGGAAGACAAGACCUAUGGUGUCGCACAACGCCAUCUCACCGGCCACUCUCACUUUGUUCAAGACGUCGUUCUCUCCUCCGACUACCAGUUUGCUCUAUCCGGUUCAUGGGACGACGAACUCUGUCUCUGGGAUCUCAAUGUCGGAACCACCGCACGCCGCUUCGUUGGCCACACCAAAGACUUCCUCUCCGUCGCAUUCUCGAUCGACAAUCUUCAGAUCGUGUCGGCAUCACAUGACAAGUCGAUCAAACUGUGGAACACACUUGGGGAAUGCAAAUACACAAUCCAAGACGGCGAUACUCACAGUGAUUGGAUGAAGCGCACAAAACCUCGUGUUAUUGGGACAAAAAUGGUGGAGGUCAGAAGGUCAAGUCGUGUUGCGCAUCUGUCUGCCUCGAUUUACAAGGAACUCGUGGUUUAUGAGCGAGUUGAGUUACCAAGAACGAAAUUGGAAGCAUUUAGAGCUUCUGUUAAGACUAGUAUCAUAAGGCAAUUGGAAGCAUAUAGAGCUGCAUUUAAUCAGUCAAUCAGUCUAAAGCGCUACUAUGUGGAAUCAAUGUGGAGUUUUAUUCUUAAACCCAUCACGGUUAUGCAAAGAGUUCUUGGUGAAGAUUUAGAUGGUUUGGACAUGAAUGAUCUCACCAUUCUCGAGCAACAGAUCUAG